AUGGAAAACCCAAUAUCUUCCCCCAAAAAUUUGCUUCCAAAAUGUGAUAAUCAGAAUCUCAUUACGAUUCUUAGCAUUGAUGGUGGAGGCGUCCGAGGAAUCAUUCCCGGGGUUAUUCUUGCCUACCUUGAGUCUCAACUUCAGGAGUUAGACGGUGAGGAUGCAAGGCUUGCAGAUUACUUUGAUGUAAUUGCUGGGACAAGUACAGGAGGAAUCGUUGCUUCCAUGUUAGCAACUCCAAAUUCAAAGGCUAAUAAUCGCCCUAUAUUUGCUGCCAAAGAUAUAGUGCCAUUUUACCUUGAAAACUCUCCAAAAAUUUUACCACAAAUAAGGGGAAUAUUCGCCCCGAUCAUAAAGAUAGUGAAAGCUUUGGCGGGACCAAAGUAUGAUGGUAAGUAUCUUCACGAGCUGAUAAGAAAGAUAGCAGGAGACACAAUGUUGCACCAAACCUUGACAAACAUUGUUAUUCCAACUUUUGACAUCAAGAAACUUGAACCUACCAUCUUUUCCUCCUAUCAGGUGGAAGACAAACCAGCUUUGGAUGUACCAAUAUCAGACAUUUGCAUAGCCACUUCGGCUGCUCCAACUUAUUUUCCAGCUCACUACUUUACAAAGCAAGAUGAACAAGGGAAAGUGAUAAAAGAAUUCAACCUCAUCGAUGGUGCCGUGGCAGCUAAUAAUCCGACUUUGGUUGCGAUUAGAGAAGUGAUCAAGCAACUCAUAAAUAACCUAGAUGGGACAAGUAUUAACCCUUUGGACUAUGAUCGUUUUCUUGUCCUAUCAAUAGGGACUGGGUCAAACAAGAGUGAGCACAAAUACAACGCUAAGAUGGUGUCCAAAUGGGGAAUUAUAUCUUGGAUCCUCAACUCUGGAUCAACUCCCAUUAUAGAUUGUUAUAGUAAAGCAAGCACUGAUAUGGUUGACUAUCACAACUGUGUUGCUUUUAGUGCGCUUCACUCUCAAGACAACUAUCUCCGAAUUCAAGACGAUACAUUAAACGGGGAUUUAGCUUCUGUGGAUCUAGCUACCAAAGAGAAUUUGGAUAAUCUGGUAGAAGUGGGUGAGCAGUUACUGAAGAAAACUGUUGCACGAAUAAAUCUAGAUACGGGUCUGUAUGAACCAGUUCAAGAUAAAGGCACUAACGAGGAAGAACUCAAAAGGUUUGCGAAAUCACUUUCGGAGGAAAGAAAACUAAGAAAGUCCAACUCACAAGAUGGGAAGUAA